CAGAUUACUUUACGGUCAAGAUGUAUCAUGGUGGAUACAUCAGUGGAAGCAAUUAUAUUGGUGGUCAAGUGAACUACUAUGACCAUGUAGAUAAGGAUCGAAUGUCACUUGUAGAGGUUGAUGGGAUGGUCAGAGGGUUAAACCAAAACUACAGUGGAAGGAGAAUAGAUUAUUGGUACAAUAUAGGGAAUGAGGAUGAUGGUAUGACUAAGAUUAAGACAGACAAGGACGCAAUUACAAUGUGUUGCUGUGUACCAGAAAUUCGACUAGUCAUCAUCUACUUGGAUCACUUGGAUCUACAUGAUGACUAUGAAGAAACAAACUCGGAUAGUGAGUUAUAUAUGUAUGAAGAUGGGGAGGCAGAUUGUUUUGUAAGUCCAGCUAGAAAGAAGAGUGGAGUUGUGAUUGAAGAACUCCCGGAUUCUCCAAGAAAGAAACCUGGGGUUAUCAUAAAAGAGCUUCCGGAUUCACCAAGGAAGAAACCUGGGAUAGAGAGAGCAGCCAAAAAAGAGCUUGGGAUUGUGAUUAGAGAAUGGAAUGGAGAUGGCAGCAUACCUACUCAAGCAAGCAGAACACCUGCCUUGGAUCCAAAGGCUAAAGGUAAACAAAAGGUCAGUGAAAGUGAGGAUUUGUUUGACAUUAAAGUGAGGGAGUUUAGGAAGAGAGGAAGAGUGGAGGUUGAUUAUAAGGAGGAUGGGGCAGAAUCUGGAAUUGAUGAUUCUGCAGAUGAAGAUUAUAGGCCACAUUUUGAGGAUGAUGAAUAUGGGGAUUAUGGUUGGGAUGAUGAUUGGCUGGAAGAUAUGGAAGUUGAAUUUGAUGUCUUUGGUGAGACUAUUGGCCCAAGUACACAAGUACAAGCUGCUGUUGGAAGUACUGUUGAGGAAGAGAUUGUGGCCGAGGACAAUGAAGAUAUGUAUAAAGCAGUUGAUUCUGAUGAGGAAGUACUAGGAGGUGCAGCCAACUCUGAUGGUGAGAUAGGGGAUGACUUUCCGAAGUUCAAUCCCAAGAGUGACAUGAAGGACCCACAGUUUAAGUUGGGGAUGAAGUUUGCAUCAGCAAAAAUCUUGAGAGCUGCUUUAAGAGAGAAAGCAAUAAUGGGAGGAUGGGAAUGUUGCUUUUUGAAGAGUGACAGAAAGAGGGUGAGAGUGAUUUGCAAAGCGGACAACUGCCCCUUCGAGUUGUAUGCUAGCAAAAUGCAACAUGAGUCAACCCUGAUGGUGAAGACAUAUCAUGCAAAUCAUACAUGUUCUAGGGUUCAUGUCAACUCUAUGGUCAAGGCACCUUACCUAACUGAAAAGUUUGUGGAUCAGAUCAAGCUAAAUCCUGAUUGGAAAACAGAAUCACUUGCACAAACGAUGUCAGCGGGUGUAAAGGCUAGGGUAUCCGUGCAGCAGGCCUAUAGAGCUAAGAGGGCAGCCUUGAAGCUGCUUGAAAGGUCCAUCAUGGAGCAAUAUGCUAGAGUAAGGGACUAUGGAUCAGAACUGAAAAGAGUAGACCCUGAAACCACGGUGGACAUAAAGUGUGAUUUCAAUGAUGCUAGUGGGUUGCCUGUGUUUAAAAGGAUGUACAUCUGCCUCGGGGCAUUGAAGACUGGUUUUAAAGCUGGAUGCAGAUCAGUAAUCGGGCUGGACGGUUGCCAUUUAAAGAGUCCUCAUGGUGGACAGCUCCUAACCGCAGUAGGAGUUGAUGCAAAUAACACCACCUGGGUAGUUGCAUAUGCUCAAGUUGAGAUGGAGAGCACAGACUCUUGGAAAUGGUUCUUACAGUUGUUGGUCAAGGACUUAGACAUAGAGCAUGAGGGGGCUGGAUGGACCUUUAUCAGUGACAAGCAGAAAGGCCUCUUACCAGCCUUUGAGUCCAUUAUCCCCCUUGCAGACCAUCGGUUCUGUGUGCGACACCUUUGGACAAAUUUUACGAAGUUGUUUCCUGGUAAAGCCAUGAAGGACCAACUCUGGGCAAUAGCAAAGUCAACCACCUUGGCGUAUUUUCACAAGGAAAUGGUUCUAAUCAAACAAAUGGACCCUAAGGCUUAUGAUUGGCUGACAGAUCCAACAAGGCCUCCCCUUCACUGGUGUAGAGCACACUUCAAGACUCACACUAAGUGUGAUAUUCUUCUAAAUAAUUUAUGUGAGAGCUUUAACGCAUUCAUAUUAGGUGCAAGAGGCAAGCCGGUUGUGUCAAGCUUUGAGGAGAUGAGGGUUAAACUCAUGAAGAUGAUUAUGUUGAGGGUACCAUCUGCCCUAAACCUCGAGGAAUUUUGGAAAAAAACAAAGUCAAAGCUGCCAGGGAUUGUAUCCCACGUGGUUCUGGAGGUCCACAAAUUGAAGUGGAAAGUUUUGGAGGAGGUAAGCAUGUUGUUGAUCUUGAAAGAAGGAGUUGCGCAUGUCGGAGAUGGGACUUGAGUGGUAUACCAUGUAAACAUGGUGUUGCUGCAAUUAACUUCAUGAGGCUAAACCCGGAUGACUUUGUUGAUGAUUGCUACUUGAAAAAGACAUAUAUGGCCACUUACAGCCACACCAUCAAGCCUGUUAAUGGCAUGGAGUUGUGGUCCACUUCUGAAGAACUUACAAUCCUACCCCCCCCCCCCCCCCAGUACACAAGACAGCCGGGAAGGCCAAGGACAGCAAGGAUCAAGGAUGCAUCGGAGAGGGCUGAAAAUGGAGGUUCCAAGCUUGGCAAAGUUCAGAGAAGUUUGAGGUGUGGUAAUUGUGGUGUGGUUGGCCACAAUGAGAGAUCAUGUCAUAGGCACUUGCCUCCCAAGCCAAAAGCAACCAAUAUGAACAAGAGGAAGAGGAACAAUGAAGAGGCAGGAACAUCUGCAAUUCAGGCAACCAAACUUUAUUUUUUGUAUAAUCAACCAAUUAGUUUUACCACAUAACCAUUCUUUUCGACUAAUACAAUGCUGAUUUUGUUUCUUCAUUUAUUGUAGGGUACUGGUAAGAAAAAGGCUACCAAGACAAAGAAUGAGUUAAGGCAGAAGGCAAGGGAAAGGGCAGAAGUACUAAAGAAAAAAAGGGUUGAGAAGAAGGCUGCCACAGCUAGAGCUGCUCCCACAAAUGCAAGAGCUACUUCUACAAAUGCAAGAGCUGCUCCUGCUUCAAGCUCAAGAGCUGCUCCUGCUUCAAGCUCGAAAGGAACUGCUGCAAAAGGUACAGCCUCUGCAACACCCACUAGAUCAUCAAAGAGGCUUAGAGAAAGUGGAAAAUAGAGUCAAAAGAAUUUCAGAUUAGCUGGCCUUGGUUUACUUUUACGUGAUCAGUUUUUGUUUUGGGAUAUUGAUGAUGAUUUGUGUUUCAAUCACUUGUGCAACCUUGUGUUGUGGUACAAGGUUGCUAGACCUAAUCUUUUGAUAAGAUGAUUAGGUCUACUAAAACUGCAAUCUUUGGAUCCCAUUUGACAUGUUUUUUUGGGUGAUGGAUGUAAGACAUGUAACUUGUUUGAGUCUGCUAUUCUGAAGACAUGUAACUUGUUUGGGUCUGCUAUUCUGAAAUACAAUUGACGAU